UCGCAACCGGAAGGAAAUUAUCGUCUAAUAAGUUGGCACAGUAAAUCCGAAAGGGAGAAGGAAUAUACAGCACCGAUUUACGCGCCCUGUGCAUGAGAUCGUUAAGCGAAUUAAGCCGAAAGAUAGCCCAUAGCCAAGCCAAUAUCUUGGCCAGCCCAUCAAAUUGCGUGUUUCAAAUCAAAAUUGCAUAAUCUGCGAAGAAGCCGGGAACGAGUUUCGCAAAAGCCAAAAGAUCGCGAUUACACCGCCAGUGGAUAUAUCUUUCGCGUAAUCGCAGUAGCUCGGUCGCUUCCUUUGACUUGGCCACGUUCUAUAGCCGGAUCUUAUCGCUCCUUGGCCAUCUGUAGUUGCAGUUGCAGUUGCAGUUGGCAGUGGUGGUUGCAAGUCGCGCGUGCGUUCGCCUUUUGGCCCGCCUCGUAAUUAAUUACAAACGCAGUCGCGAUCCCCGUCCCCCCGCUUCCCUUUUUCGACCGGCAAACUCCUGAGGAAAAGCAGAUCCAACGAUCCAACGAUCCUGCCUAUUUACGCGCCCAAAUCUUGAUUCUUUGGACUAGCUUUCUGACUAGCUUGCGUGCUCUGUUGUCGCCGGCUUGGUUCUGAAUCGACGACAUCUGAUUGCCUUUUUAUAGCUGCUUUUGCGAAAACUUCAAUCAUAUAAAAACCCCAAUCAAAGUGAAUUGGCCAAGACUGAUUUGAUCUUUAAAAAAAUAUACAGUGAAAAUCAAUCAAGCUGACCACAGCAAAAACGUGAACAAAGUACGACAAAAUGUGUCAAUUGAAUUUAAAUUAACCAACAAAGUGAUUGCUCACCAAACAAAUGGAGUUUUGGUUAAUACGUUUGUGUUUAAAUUUUUUGUUUUCAAAAUAUUUCGUUUUAUUUUCGAAUCGAUCAACGUGCAAGGCGCUAAACCACAAAAAUGUUGCUGACAAUGCGGCGUCAAAAUGAACUGAUUGUAGGCAGCCAACAACAGCAUCCGUCGGCGAGUUCCACAACAUCAUCAGUUGCAACUGUGGCAGGUGCCACAAACUCACCUGGCUUACCUGGACAAAAUCUCAGCUUAGUGCCACCGGCAACGGCAAAUUCCACGGCAGCCCCAUCACAGGAUUCUCUGAAUACACCCACAACACCUUUAUUGGGUCUUAGUCGGAAUCCCCUGCAAUUUGCACCGCCACCUGCACCACCCAUUGCGGUGGCAAGUGCCCCAGCCUCUGGACCCACUUUCGGCUAUUAUCAGACUUCGAGUGCUGCACCACCACCACCCACUGACGCAACCACUUCGGGGCAACAACCACCCUCGGUGGAAUUGGAUGAAUACGUAGACAUACUCCAGGUUCAACAAUUGCUGUUGGAUUCAUCGGCAGCAGCAGCAGCGGCUGCAAAUAAUCCCCCGACAACUGAACAAUCCAUUCAACAAGAUCAGCAACAACUACAGCAUAAUACUGUGGUGCCACCGCAGCAGCAGCAACAACAGCAACAACAAGCUCUUGCCAAGCCGCGACCGCGAAUUAAUCUGCAAAAGGCCACCGAAUACGCUGCACAAUUAGCUCAGGGCGGCGUAGCCCCUGGAACUCCAUCAGCGGCCAUGAUCAUGGAAGGGCUUGAAACCCUGGUGGCGCCAACGCAUCACGCAUUCCUGCUCACCGAGACGGCCGCGGCCGCCCACUUCAAUGUGCUGAGCUUCGACACCUGUCUGUUCAAGACGAGCACGGCGGCCCAGAGCAGCGGCAGUCCCUCGACGGCCACCUACCUGAGUCCCGCCCAAUUCGGUGGCAACCACGGUGGCGCCAGCACCAGCAGCUCCCACAACUCCUCCGCCGCCUCCUCGUCGUCCUCGUCCUCGCUGCUGCACUACACCACCGCAUCGGCAGCCGCUGCCGCUGCAGCAGCCGCCGCCGCCGCAUCCGCGUCCGCCAACAAUUCGGUGCUCCGUGCCCGCAACCAGACGGCCACUCCCACCCAGGGCGGCAGUCCGGGACACGUGGCCGUUCAGCCCAGCGCCACCGCCAGCAGCGGACGCAGCUCGGCCUCCCAUCUCAGCCUGCUGAACACCAGUGGCCAGCACAGUCCCGCCUCCUCGGCCGUCGAGCAGGUGGAGGCCCACAAGCAGCUGAUCGAGGCGCUGCCGGGUGACCUCAACACGCCGGUGACCACGUCCAGCGACAUACCCUCGUUCUUCGGACCCACCACCGUGGUGGAGCCGCCACCCAUUACUGGCUCUAUCGAAUCCGAGGAUCUCUCCUUGGAACCCCAGGUGAUAUCUGUGGCCAGUCCCGUGUUGUCGCAUUGCAGUCCGUUGAAAGAGGAGCGCAGUACUCCGCCAGCUUUGGCCAUUGUCAAGGAAGAAUCAAGUAAUAAUAGUUGUAAUAUGUACCCACAACACAACAACAACAACAACACCACAUCAUCAUCAACAACUACAACAACAACCAAACAAACCACCAGCGAAAGCAUCAACAACAACAACAACACUGAAUGCGUUGGCUCGCCGGGCAACCACACACAAUCACACCAACAGCAACAACAACAGCUGCAUCACAACAACAACAACACGACCAGCAACAACAGCAAUUGCCACCACAGUCACCAACAACAACAGCAGCAACAACAACAACACAUGAGCUCCCCGCAACAUCAAUACCAACAACACCAAAUAUUACACCAACAACAACAAUUGCCAAAUCAUCACCAUCAUCAUCAUCACCACCACCACCAUCACAGUCAGCUACAACUCCAACAACAACAACAGCAACAACAACAACAGCAGCAACACCAACAACAACAGCCGCUACACCAACAACAGCAAUUGCAACACCAGCAGCAGCAACAACAACACCAACAACACUAUCAGCAACAUGCCAUCCAACAACAGGCUAGCAAAAUCUCAUAUCGUGGCAUUUUCACCACCACAGGCAACGCAAUGAAUGCAGCAGCAGCCGCCGCAGCAGCAGCCCAGCAGCAGCAGCAGCAGCAGCAACACCAGCAGCAGCAACUUCCCUCCCCGCAAUUGGGCGUCUUGGCCGGGCCAAUGUCACCGCCCUCGAAUAGUUUGGGCAACAGUUGGGGUCUACCCAGUCCGGAUAAGACCAUGUUCCAGCCACCCCUGUUCAGCCUGCCCGCUCACUAUGCCACCAUGCAACAACAGCAGCAGCAGCAACAGCAGCAGCACCAGCACCAGCAGCAGCAGCAGCAGGCGGCAGGAGCUGCUCCAUCACCCUACGACGAUGGAAGAGCUGCAGCAGCAGCGGCGGCACAGCAUGCUGAACUACUGGGCCUAACAAUGGAUUGCACACCCCUUCUGUUGAAGCAACCACCCCCAACAUACGCCGGAGCCUCCUCCGGAUUCGCCGGCCUGGCUGACCUCCACACCAGCCACGAGCAACAGUUGCAGCAGCAAUAUGUACGAUCGCAGCCAAAGUACCAGUGGCUGGACUCACCAGCGGAUUAUGCCCAGCAGCAGGUGCAACAGCAAGUGCAGCAACAGGUGCAACAGCAGCAGCAACAACAGACCUUGGUGCUGCCAGGACCCACUUCAUCCGCCAGUUCCAGCAAUGCAGCCUUGGGCGUUCUAAUACCGAAACAGGAGAGCUAUCCGGAUAUGCAGCCCAGUUCAAAUGGUACGGGUUAUUCGGCUGGAUCCGGCGGAAGCUCGUCGGCAGCAGCUGCGGCCGCCGCUGCAGCAGCAGCAGCUGUGCAACUGGCGGAAUACAGUCCAUCCACCAGCAAGGGACAUGAGAUCCUGUCCCAGGUCUAUCAGCAGAGUAGUGUACCCUUAAAACUGGUGCCCGUGAAGCCGCGCAAAUAUCCCAACCGCCCCAGCAAGACACCCGUGCAUGAGCGACCCUACGCCUGUCCCGUGGAAAACUGCGAUCGUAGGUUUUCGCGCUCCGACGAGCUCACGCGCCACAUACGCAUCCAUACGGGGCAGAAACCUUUCCAAUGCCGCAUUUGCAUGCGCAGCUUUAGCCGCAGCGAUCACCUCACCACCCACAUUCGCACCCACACCGGGGAAAAGCCAUUUAGUUGCGACAUUUGUGGCAGGAAGUUUGCGCGUUCCGAUGAGAAGAAGCGACAUGCCAAGGUGCAUUUGAAGCAGCGCAUCAAGAAGGAGAAGGUGCGUGGCGAACAGCAGCAACAGCAGCAGCAGCAGCAGCAACAGCAGCAGCAACAACAGCAGCAACAGCAACUGCAGCAGCAGCAACAGCAGCAGGAGCAACAUCACCUGAGCCUGCAGCAACAUCAGCAGUACCAGCAACAUCACCUGCUGCACUCCGCCGACCUGGCCAUAGUCACCUCGAGUGCGAGCAUGUAGAGACUAGAGAACUCGGCAUCCAGCGCGGCUAAGGCCAAGACUCCCCGGCACAAGGUUAGUCUGGCCCUAGCCCUGGAUCUCGACGAGAACGCCUUUCCCUUCGAACUCACAUCGGACUAUGGAACCCUGUCGCCACUCACCAGUCCCAGGCAAUCGAAUUACGUGUGGUUCGGCCAGGAUUCCAGCCAGCCCUUCUUCUACAAGGACAGCCAAAUCCUGGAGAAGAUGGUCUAAGUCCCGGGUGUUCCGGAUCCAGUUGAAUCAAUCGCUGAUGCUGAAUAAUCAUUUAAUGUAUACUGAGUUGUAGUCGUAAAAUCGGGGUUGUGCUAUCAGCAAAAUCUAUGCAAGACAUUAAAUCGUAAUGAACAAUACAAUAUGCUACAGUUAGCCUAGAUAAUAUCACACAAUGGUCAGGAUAGGAUGGUCAAGCAAAGCAAAACAGAGUUACUAACCAAUACAAAGCCUAACUAAAGCAAAUUGAUGAUUACUAAUUAUAUUCGAUGUAAUUGAAAUGGGAAAAAAUAUUUAACUUAUGUCUCUAAUACUGUGAUCUCAUGUGUAAUAAUUAUUAAUUUUAAUUUCCUUACAUUUACAUUUACAUAACUGCAAUUAACCAGAAAUAAUUUUAAAAAUUAUAAUCCUUUCGCCUUUGCCUAGCUAAUGUUCAUUUUUUAAAAAUGCUAACACAAAACACACACACAAACACUAAUUUAUUGCAUUUUAAAAUAAUUAUAUAUAUAUUAUAAUUAUUAACUUAUUAUCUUAAAGGUUUAGAUUUAGGUUUUAACCUACAGAAUACACAAUUGAGCACACAAAUCUUAGCAUAUCAUUUUUUCCUCUAAGCAUUAUAAAUUGCAUAAGUUAAAAACAAAAAUUACUUUUAAAUCGAAUAAUGAAAAAUUCGUGUGCUAACUAUAAAAGAAAAGAAACUUGUUUAACAAAACGGAAACUUAAAUUUGAAAAAUGCCCCAGUGUACUUCCUUAAUUGAUUCGAAAUCAAAAUGGCAAAUAAAAAUUAAAUUUUAUUAUGUUAUAUUUUAAAUAAUUAUAGAUGUUCAAUCUACUGUAGAAAUCAAUUUCUUCCUAGUUGUAAAGGUUUAUCUUAAGUUUAAUUAAUUUUUAUAUUAUUAGUUUACUUUACAUUUGAAAAUAUAUAACAAUUUUUUAAAAAACAUA